AUUAUCGUCAACCAUUUGAAUCAGGUGUGUGUACAAGAAAAGGGGUGCGCGCGAAGCCAAGUUCGGUUCGGUUUGAUUCGUCUCUUCCAUUGAUCCGGUCAAAGUAUUGACAAAGAAGGGUUGUUGCUCAUCAAAGAUAUGCUAAAUUGACGGGACCGCGCGUUCGAGAGUGAUUAAAGUUGUGCUAACGUUAGUUGUUCAAUCGAAAAUAAAAUAAACGUUACAUCAUGUCGUUAAAAUACACCGAACAAAACCAUCCCUACAUCGACCUGGGUGAUGGGUACAAGAUUUGUUUGUACGAGGAUCGUUGCAAUCAUGGAGAAGAAUUUGAGCGUCGAGCUCGGGAAUUGCUCAACGAAACGCCGGAUCGGAUUGAGAAAUGCAUGGCCGAUUAUCGAGCUAUGGUGACUGCUGAUCCUGAUCUAUCGGUACCGUUUGAUGAUGAUUAUACCAAAUUGUUCCUGCGUGGUGGCUCGUUUGAUCCGGCUGGUACAUACGACCUGUUGAAAAAUUGCAGCCGACAGAAGAUUGCGACUCCGGAAUAUUUUGGACGUGUUGCCAAUGUGAUGCAUGUGUUCGAAGAAGGACUGGUUUGGCUGCUGCCCGAAAAGGACGAAGACGGGGCUUCGGUUGUGGUUGUUGAAUCCGGAAAAAAAUGGAACACCUCAAAGGUGUCGCUCCUGGAGCUGAACACCGCCGUCAAUGCAGUAGUAGCCGGCCUCAUAAAAUCCCAGGAAACCCAACUGCACGGCUGCAAACUCCUGUUCGACGUCAAGGGAAUCGGAAUGUCCCAAAUUCGACAGUUCACACCCAAAUCGACGGCCAUCACCCUUUCCCUGAUGGACAACUGCUCCCCGAUCCGGAUCCUACAAAGCAACACCGUCAACAACGAUUUUGUUUAUAAUUUCCUGUACUCAAUUAUGAAACCACUUUUAUCGAAAACGAUGCGGGAGAAAACUUUCAUCUUCGGAAAAGAUUUCGAUGCGCUGCACAAGAAUAUCAGUCCCAAGAUUUUGCCGCCGAGAUUUGGCGGAACUUCGACGGCUCCUUCUUAUGAUGGCCGAUUGCUGGGGGAGAUGCUGCUGCACUAUGACGAUUGGCUUCAACAAAUGCACGGCUACGGUUAUAAACGGAAAGAAAAGUAAGACAAAUGGUAACAUUUUAUAAUAGCCAUAAGUAUAUGUUUAAGUUGAUGGGAAUAAAAUUUUAAAUAAA